AUGAUGUCUUCGGUUGAUAAUCGCCAAAACAACAACUCGAUCGAAGACAACAAAGUUGACGAAGUUACAGCAGCUCUUCUAACUCCGCCAGCUACUGAUUUUUCGAAAAAAGCGGCGAGUGGAGUCUCAACUGCAUCUAUCAGAACUGAAGUCUUUCCGACCGAUCAUAGUAUUUCAGCAGAAGGCGACAAUUGUUACGGGAGGGACCAUUUGUUCCAAAAUCCUUCCGAAUUUGAGCCACUUUAUGAAUCGGCGGAGUUUACCAAAAAUUAUCAUUCUGGAGAUUUUGCUCAUCAGAUCACCAAAGAAAACCGAAUUACGAUAACAGAAACUUUAUACGUUCCUGUCAAGAAAUAUCCAAAAUACAAUUUCGUUGGAAGGAUUCUGGGACCUCGCGGAAUGACCGUAAAGCAGCUCGAGAAAGAAACUGGAUGCAAGAUUUUUGUGCGUGGUCGGGCUUCGAACAUGGCGUUUAAUCCUCAUACAAAAAUGAUGCGUGGAGGAGUGAUCUCGAACAAAUCGUCUCUGUCGACCAUAUCCCAAGGUGCUUUGACAGAUGAUCCACUUCACGUCUAUAUCGAAGUGACUGAUUAUGAAACAAACGCAAAACGCAAAAUGUCGUCGGCAGUUUCGAUUAUCAAAGAUCUUCUUUCACCACCGGCAGAUGGAAAGGAUGAAUUGAAAAGACAGCAAUUAGUGGAUAUUUCGCUCAUCAACGGAACAUAUCGUCCAACCCCUGCGACUGCUAAUUCUGUUCACCGUCCUCGAAGAAUCAACCAUGCUGCACCAAACGUGACACUUGAUCCAACAUCGGCUCCGAUUGAGGAACUUCAGCGAAUGACAUUGAAUAGAAAUGAUAACGCCCAAAAGCUGGAAGCAAAAAAUCAUGCCUACAGAAUUCCACAACAGCGAAAAUGGCAUUCACCGCGAGGAUUUGAACAAGAUGCCGAAGAAUACGCCAAUUCGACGUCAUCUCGCGAAUAUGUUACCGAUAUUGUGAACAAAACCAAACAGGCUGCGAGAGUAAUUUUCAAAGACGAUGGCACAUGCGACGAAGAGUCAACGCGAAUCGGCCGCCCGCUUUCACCGGCAACUGUCGCCGAAUCAUUGAAGCUGGUUCAGUCAUUGAUCGACUCUCACAAAAAUAUUCCAAUCGGAAAGAUCGGUGAGCCGCAAUCAACUCAUAGUAUUGUUGAUCAUCCAGUGCUUGACCCAACUCCAGUCCUUCAGCCGCCAAUUGAUUACUCCUACUAUCCAGCGCAUAUGACAUCGGUGUCUGAUAGUCAAGCCUAUAUGUACCCGCCGCCGCAGCAAAUGGUCGAUUUCAUUCCUUCGCCAUACUAUCCGUCCCGCCAAUCCGAUUCGAUGCCUCUUCCACCACCACCGCCACCGAUGCCUUUAUAUCCUCUCCCAGGCUUAGUUUAUAUGCUCCCCGGAAGUUAUAUCGAAAAAUUUGUGCCCCAGGGAUACUAG